GUUAUUCUACCUCCCCGGUACACCCAGUCUGGCCUCCGCGUUGCUCUUUUAAGGCGUCCCUCCCAUGGCGGGCGUUGCCCCUUUAAGGCCUCGUCGGUUCAGUGCAGGGAGCGACGGCGGCAAGAAGGAGGAGGCGGCGGCCGGGCUUCCCGGCUCCGUGCAGCGGGGAGGUGAGGAGCAGAGGCAGCCACGCAGAGCCGGCGGCGCGAUGGUGGAGAAACGAGUGUCCCGCUGGUACUUCGGGGGCCUGGCUUCGUGCGGGGCAGCAUGCUGCACCCACCCGCUAGACCUGCUCAAGGUCCACCUGCAAACCCAGCAGGAAGUGAAGAUGCGCAUGACGGGCAUGGCCUUGCGUGUGAUUCGCAACGAUGGCUUUCUGGCCCUCUACAGUGGUCUUAGUGCCUCCCUCUGCCGGCAGAUGACGUACUCCCUCACCCGCUUUGCCAUCUAUGAGACUGUGCGGGACCACUUGAGCCAGGGUGCCCAGGGGCCAAUGCCCUUCUACCAGAAGGUGCUGCUAGGUGCAGUAGGAGGUUUCACCGGUGGGUUUGUGGGAACCCCAGCGGACAUGGUGAAUGUCAGGAUGCAGAAUGACAUGAAGCAGCCGGCGCAUCUGCGGCGCAACUACUCGCAUGCUUUGGAUGGGUUGUAUCGGGUACUUCGUGAAGAGGGUGUGAAGAAAUUGUUCUCAGGAGCAUCAAUGGCAGCAAGUCGAGGGGCUCUGGUUACCGUUGGACAGCUCUCCUGCUACGACCAGGCUAAGCAGUUGGUUCUUGGGACCGGUUUCCUCUCUGACAAUAUUCUCACCCAUUUCUUGGCCAGCUUUAUUGCUGGAGGAUGUGCCACAUUCCUGUGUCAGCCCUUGGAUGUGCUGAAGACACGCCUUAUGAACUCCCAGGGGGAGUAUCGGGGUGUCGUGCACUGUGCAAUGGAGACAGCCAAGCUUGGGCCACUGGCUUUUUAUAAGGGCCUUGUUCCUGCCGGCGUCCGCUUAAUCCCUCAUACAGUGCUCACCUUUGUUUUCCUGGAACAGCUGCGCAAAAACUUUGGGAUCAAAGUGCUGGCCUGAGAGAGAGAAGGGCCUGCCUUAGUCAGAGGCAUAAACCUGGAGGACCGGGGGCGGGGAGGGCUGGGACACUACGACCCCCACAGUGCCCGGGUAUCACACACUAUUCCUUUGCCAAGGUGCGGCAUUCUUAACAGUGCCCUUUUUAGCGCUGCGGCACCAGCUGGACUCUCGCAGAAUGCCCCCUUUCAGUGCCUGGCAGUCUCUCACAGCUGCUAGCCAAGCCUUCGGCAUUGCUUGGUGCCUGAUGGUAUGACAGACAGCCAAUCAGAGCUCUCUCCUUUAGUGCCCAGUAGCAGUGAAUUGGCCAACCUCUCCCCACAAUGCCUUUCUCCUAUGCCCAGCAGUUCACUGGAGCGUCCAUUCCUUGCCGUUAGCAGCAUCACCACAAUACUGCCUGCCGUGCAGUAGUAACCCUGCUGACCCCACAGCAUCUCCUCUUAACACCCAACAGCCCCACGAAUGCCCUCGUCUUGCCUGUCGGCAUUGCAACAUUUGCUACCGCUCCCUACGGGAGCCCUGCAAGACUGAGGUUGCUCCUCCGCUCUGCCACGGGCAGUAACUUGCCUCUUCCGCCAAUACCACCAUCUUUCUCUGUCCUCCCAGUCUCCUUUGUUGUUUAUUGGGGGUGGGGGGAGUUGGGUGCCACAGCCUCCCAGCUCCCAGGCACCUUGCUAUGCUGAGUACUGCUUUCUCCCCUGCUCUUCUGGAGCAGAAGUGCGUCUCCAUGUGAGGAGACAGAAACUUAAUAAUAAUAAUAAUGUUCUCUGUCCAUUUUUAAAUGUUUACGAGUGAGCUGGGGAGCGGUUCUGUUAGUUAAUGGUGGGGCUGCCGAUAGCAAUACACCUGGCGGGCACUUUUCCUUCUUACCCUUCAGUGUCCCAGAUUUUUAAAUGUUUCUACAAACAAAAGCUUUCCCUCACUGCGUCCGGCUUCCUUCCUUUUUCCUACCUCAGUCUCCUCUUAACCCUCAGGUCUACUGUGUGAGGCAGGGAUGGCCCCUUGUAUUUACUGUGACUGGUAGUAGUGGUAGCAUAGGGCAAGCGACACCGCAGUCUACGGCCGGCCUAGCGAGCCUUGCCGCCUUCAUUUUGCCUCUCGCUUUAACCUUGUUCAGCCAAAGCCUCCUGAAACCAAAGGGCCUCCUGCGGGGGGGCACUAAUGAGAAUAGGUUUCUGAGGUAUUCCUCUAACUAGCAAGAGCCAAAUUAGCUCAGCCAGGGGGAGAGAACGUUUGAAUCCCUUGUGACACCUCCUUCGCUUCUCAUGUACCCCAAGUGAGCAGGCCUCUUGGCAUAUGAUGGUGGAAGGGUGGUGGGCCUGUUAUAAGUCAGCAAGGCCUUCACUGAGGAUCUGGGACGGGGAGAACACGGUCCAUAUUUUGAACCCGUGGCAUGGGCUAAGGUUGCAGGGCAGGGGGAGGCCCUCUUGUUUACUAGGUUUACUAUAGAGUAGGUGUCACAGAUAGACAUUGUGUGCCUCUUAAGCUGCCAAGCUUUCCCUACUCCCUGCCCGAUUUAUCCUCUGGCAGUUCCUCUGAGCCUCUUGGCAGCUUUGGUGGGAGCCUAGAGGGCUGUGAAAUCUUUCCACGUUGCCUUGCUUUUUCUGUGAUGUUCUCAAGGUCCCGUUCUGUAGCACUGAUUUUUUUUUUUUUAAUGCCUCUGGAUCCAGCCCAUGCCUAAUGAAGUGAUUGUCGUAUCGGCCGUUUGUCCCUUGUUUCUGCUGGCCUUCGUUUUGCCAGCAUACGGUGCCCCCAUCACCAGUCACACACACAAACACACACUCACACACACCCCGGUGUGAAGCGUCAUUCCAGAGGGUCGUGACUCUGCGGGGUCGAAGAACCAGAGCAAGUAAAUCAGCACUUUUGUAAUCAUGACAAUAAAGUAAUUGUGAAAAGCA